AUGUCGACGCCUCAAUCCAUAGAACGGCAAGCAAGUCCAAACUUCUCCAUUGCUCGAUCUCCCUUUGGCAACUCCUACCUCUCACAAUCCCCCAUCGCUCAAGAAUCCAUAGCACGAGAUCUUGCAGAGUAUUCCGAAGAUGAAGUCGAACAACAAGAGAGCGAUGACGGGGAGAGCAGUUCCGAAUCAGAGUCCGAUACUUCAACUCUCCGGCCAGAUGUUGCUCACAACUCAAUGGCUAGCUCCUACCGGAGACCCAGCUUCGUUGCUUUUGGAGGUACGAGAGCAGCUAUCACACCGCAUCCGGGAGUAGACACGGCAUACCUUACGAAGAAAGAAAAGAAGCAGUCGAGGAAUGAAGAGAGGAGUUUGCUGCGGGAUAACCAUCUUGCUCCACCAAAACACGCAGAGCCGGCGCAAAGGAGUGCCUUCAGCCGAUUAUACAGGCGGUUAUUCAGCACCAAGAGACCAAAGACAGAAGCGGAUCUGGAAGUUCCUCCCGAAGCAAUAUUCACAGCACAGCCGUCGGAAACUUCAGCAUUACUACCAAACAGCGCACAGGAAUCAGCGCGAACACACCACGAACGAUUGAACAGGCAAUGGGAAGCAGCAGUGGCAGCAGGCAAGAUCAAGACGACAUGGCAGCGAGAAGCGAAGACAUUAUGGAGAUAUGCCAGUCCGCUGGUCGUAACAUUUCUCUUACAAUAUUCUCUCCCAGUUGCAAGUAUAUUCACCGUUGGCCAUCUGGGGACUCUGGAACUCGGUGCGGUGAGUUUGGCUAGUAUGACUGCGAAUAUUACUGGAUAUUCCAUUUAUCAAGGACUAGCUACGAGUCUGGAUACGCUGUGUGCGCAGGCUUAUGGUUCUGGGAAGAAACACUUGGUUGGAUUGCAGCUGCAGAGAAUGGUCUACUUUCUGUGGGCGCUGACCAUUCCUAUUGGCGUAAUCUGGCUGUCUGCAGAGAAGAUCCUAGAGAUGAUGGUCCCAGAGAAGGAAACUGCUAAACUCGCUGGACUUUAUCUGCGGAUCUUGCUUCUUGGAGCGCCUGGAUAUUCUUGUUUUGAGGCUGGGAAGCGAUUUGUGCAAUCCCAGGGGCUGUUUUCUGCUACUACCUACGUCUUGCUUAUUGCUGCACCCCUCAAUGCCUUCAUGAACUGGCUAUUUGUAUGGCAGUUCAAGUGGGGAUUUGUAGGAGCUCCGAUUGCCGUGGCUAUUACCGAUACUCUUCUUCCGAUCUUACUGCUUCUGUAUGUCAGGUUCGUAGAUGGAAGGCAAUGCUGGAAUGGGUUUACGAAGAAGGCGUUCCAUAAUUGGGGUCCCAUGAUCAAACUUGCUCUUCCUGGACUUAUCAUGGUGGAAGCAGAAUUUCUAGCUUUUGAAAUACUCACACUGGCGUCGAGCUACUUCUCGGUGACCCAUCUCGCAGCUCAGAGUGUUCUCAGCACCUUGACAGCACUUACCUUCCAAAUCCCCUUCGGCAUCUCAAUUGCAGCCUCCACGCGAGUAGCAAAUCUCAUCGGAGCCACGCUUUCAGACGCCGCAAAGACUAGCGCUAAAGUGGCCUUCGUAGUAGCAUCCCUAGUCGGCAUAUGCAACGUCCUCCUCCUCUCCAGCCUCCGAAACUCCAUCCCCCAACUCUUCACCUCGGACCCCGAAGUAAUCCGUCUCGUCUCGAGCGUCCUGCCCAUCUGCGCCGCCUUCCAGCUCUUCGACGCUCUGGCCGCAGAUUGUAACGGCUUGCUUCGCGGACUAGGAUACCAGGAGAUAGGUGGGUAUAUUAACCUGGUUUGCUAUUACGUGGUGGCGAUGCCGAUUAGUUUCGGCACUGCGUUUGGGCUGCAUUGGGAGUUGGAGGGGCUGUGGACGGGGGUGGCUAUUGCGUUGGGCUUGGUUGCUGCGGCUGAGGCCUGGUUCUUGAUAAAGGCGGAUUGGGGGGAAGGCGGUGGAGGAUGCGAAGACUAG